CAGCAGCCGCCGCCGCCACCACCGCCACCACCGCCGGGAGCUCGAUGGGCUUCUCUUGCGCGCCGCCCUGUGUCUGGCCGAGUCCAGGGAGCCGCGGCGCCUCGUGCCGGGGAGCCAUCGCUGCAGCCCGAGGCCGGAUCGCGGGUCGGGGGCUGCAGGGGGAGCGACGGCGGCGGCGACAGCCGAGCCCCACCGGGGGCCUGGGACUGGGGAACUGCCUCCAGCUUCACGAUGCCAGUAUGGACAGAAUAGCUUAUGAUGCUUAUCCCCGCCCACCACUUCCGAGACAUUGAGCGGAAGCCAGAAUACCUCCAGCCAGAGAAGUGCGUCCCACCUCCCCACCCCAGUCCUGUGGGAACCAUGUGGUUUAUCCGUGAUGGCUGUGGCAUCGCCUGUGCCGUUGUCACCUGGUUUCUGGUCCUCUAUGCGGAGUUUGUGGUCCUCUUUGUCAUGCUGAUUCCAUCCCGAGACUACGUGUACAGCAUCAUCAAUGGAAUUAUGUUCAACCUGCUGGCCUUCUUGGCCCUGGCUUCCCACUGCCGGGCCAUGUUGACGGACCCCGGGGCGGUGCCCAAAGGAAAUGCCACUAAAGAAUUCAUCGAGAGUUUACAGCUGAAGCCUGGGCAGGUGGUGUACAAGUGUCCCAAAUGCUGCAGCAUCAAGCCUGACCGAGCCCACCACUGCAGUGUUUGUAAGCGGUGCAUUCGGAAGAUGGACCACCACUGUCCCUGGGUCAAUAACUGUGUUGGCGAGAACAACCAGAAGUACUUCGUCCUGUUUACAAUGUACAUAGCUCUCAUUUCCUUGCACGCCCUCAUCAUGGUGGGAUUCCACUUCCUGCAUUGCUUUGAAGAAGACUGGACAAAGUGCAGCUCCUUCUCGCCACCCACCACAGUGAUCCUCCUCAUCCUCCUGUGCUUCGAGGGGCUGCUCUUCCUCAUUUUCACAUCAGUCAUGUUUGGGACCCAGGUACACUCCAUCUGCACGGAUGAGACGGGAAUAGAACAAUUGAAAAAGGAAGAGAGAAGAUGGGCUAAAAAAACAAAAUGGAUGAACAUGAAAGCCGUUUUUGGCCACCCCUUUUCUCUAGGCUGGGCCAGCCCCUUUGCCACGCCAGACCAAGGGAAGGCAGACCCGUACCAGUAUGUGGUCUGAAGGACCCCUGACCAGCAUUGCCACUCAGACACAAACCACAUCCCAGCACUACCAUCCAAUCCGUUCUCAUGAACGUUUAAACCGAAAAAGCAAAACAACUACUCUAAAACAUUUUUUUUAAUGUCUCAAGUAAAAUGGCUGAACAUUGCAGAGAAAAAAAAAUGUCCCCAUGUUUUAUUUUUAAAAGAUCAUCCUUUCUAUUUUUUUGGUGACCGAAGCUGCUUUUCUUUUUUCCUUUUUAAAAUCACUUCUCUGAUCUCUGGUUUCCUCUCUGCUGUCUGUCUGGCAUGACUAAUGUGGAGGGCGCUGUCUCCAGGCCAUGCCCCCUUGUACUAACUGAGUCGUGACACUUGUGCGUGGAUGGACCGGCCCGGACACCUGUUUGGGACGCAUAGGAGAGCCAGGAGGGCCCAUGACUUCCCACUGCCCAGGAGGCAGUGGCGAGCGCCCAAAUGGGAGUUAAAACCUCACCGAAGAUGGAUGCUUACUCCUUGUGACCUGAGAGGGCCAGGAUCAGGGAUGGAGCCCUUAAAAGGGUCCUUGACACAGUGGCCUCAUCCCCCAUGUGAACACGAUUCGUCUCCUAAUUCACAAAAUCAAUUUCCUGCCUUGUACGUUAUGGGCUCUGGGUGUGUAGAAUGACUUGUGGGGUGGGGGAUGGAGAUGAAAGGGGUCUUAUUUGUAUUCUGAAUCACCAGUUAUAUUCCAACUCUGAUUAUUUGGAAGAAUGUGAAGACGUUUUUCCAGUUCAAAAUGCCUUAUACAAUCAAAGGAAGAAGAAAAUGACCCAGCUUCAGGCGAACUACAUUUCCCUCAUUAACGUUUGCUUCUUCUCUGACCUCCCCACCUCCCUCCCUCUCCUAGCGAGGUGUCGGUUAAGCAGUGUUACUGCCAAGUGAAACAGCCUCAGCUCCACCGUCAACCCCUUCUUCCUCAUUUUGUAAAUCCCUGCAGUGGGUCUACUUUCUGACAUUUUAGACCCAUAAAUGUGCACAUACCCAUGUCUUGUCUGUAUUUUAACCUGGGAGACCAUUAUCCUGCGUGGGCUGACCGUGAUGCAAGGGCAACAUUACAGCCAAACAUUUUAAAGUUGAGAGAUGGCCAUCCAUCCACUGGAAUCGGCAGACACACCUAAGCCUGUGGCGCUGAAACUGACUAGCUUUUCUUUCCAUUUGCAUACUUGUGUGUUGAGUCUCAUUUGAAGGAGGAAGGGCCUGAAGACAGUGGCGGGAGGUGAGGGGACAGGGAGUACGCAUCAAAUGCAGAGGUCGCAAAUCCGAAUACCAUCUCAACAUGGAUUUGUUUUUUUAAGCGAUCACCACAAACCUUUUUUUAUCUUUUGCUUGGGGUGGGUUUGGGGUGAGGUUUAUUAAAUCAGCCCUGGGUGAGGAGAGACUUCAUCUAGCUAUGUGAUCUUUCAGAAAAGUAAGUGGAACAUGCUGCCUCUUUUCAAUUCUGUCAGUGCUUCCACAUGGAAACAAAACGCAAUAAAAUUUUUCCAAAACCUGUUCUGGCUGAGCUCCCAUCUCUCACAGUGUUACCCCUCAGGGAGAGCCGAUUAUCCAGUCAACGUGAGUGUGCUGUGUUUGGGCAUUUCUUUCAUUGCUUUUAAAGGACAUGUAUGCAUGCUUCCUCUCUUGAAUGAGGUUUCUAUUGUGUUGCCGCUAAAGGACGUUUACAGCCCCGUCUUGGACAAGGUGCCCCCACCGGGCCUCUCUCCUCUGGCUCUUUCUGCUGCCUGCGUCCCUUCUCUUGUGCUUGUGGGCUCCCAGUUGCUACAGAAAAACUCAUCAGGUCUGUGGAGUUUGCUUCUAGGGUUGGGCCUGGGAGAGAGACCCAUUUUCUUCUGCCCACCCAGCAGAAGGCAAAGUCAAGCCAGAGGAAAUCACUGGAAGCUUCCACACACGCCCUGGGACAUCGCUUUGAGGAGCUCUUCACCAUGCCUCGGAUGUUUAACCAAGGAACCCUGUGACCUUUCCUAAGUCAAUUAACUUCGACCUGCCUCUACUGUGCUAUUUACGCCAUGGUCAAGGCUGUGAUCUGGGCUUUUUUUUUUAAUGCUGCUUUUAAAUCUGCUUUAUAGCAUUUGUUUCCCAUGUGCUUUCAGAAGAGAGAGUAGGACUCAGGGAAUAUUUUUAAGUAUUUGGAUGCCUCAAAAUACCCCAUCUUCAAGGGCAUUUUUUUAAGUGACCCAAGUUGGUUCUUCCUCCCAUGGAAUUUCUAAGGAAUACAGUAGAUAGUGCUGAAGAUGUAUUGAAUUUUUUUCAAAUUCUAAAAAUAGAAACUCAUCAUUUAUACCUAAGCAUACGACGUAUAUCUUUCCCAGAGGGAGAGUCUCCUUCCGACAUCCUGUAUGAUUUUGUCUGGGUUUUUAUGAGCCCUUUGGCUGAAAGAACGAAUUUUCCCCAGUUCUCAAGCCAGAGUGAAAUGCUAUACUCAGAACAUAGGAAUAGCUCAAAAUUCUCUGUGUUCUUCCUAUUCCAUCUUGUUGAGAUGGAGAACGUUUUGCCAGGAGCACAAUGACUAAGGAAUGUGGCUGUCUUCUGCAGCAUAGUGACAGGAAGAAUCAGGCAUCCCUGAGCCCUCCUCAGUAUUCCCAGUCGUCUGAUGAAGGAGGACACCUCUACACAAAGGCAGCCCUAGCCUUUUGCUUUGGCACAGGAAUCCUGACAGCACUGAAUGGUGUGUGCAUGGGAAAAUGAGACAGUAGUAGCCACAGUCUUUCAGAAUGUGGGCUCUGAGGAGUGGAAAGGAAAAAUAAAGAGGAAGGUGACUUGGCCAGUUGGAUUAGGUGACUCCUUCCUGCCUGUCAACUUCCUGUUUGUGUUCGUAGCAACCAGACUGACCAUGCAAAAGGCUUAGGAGCAAACAAAUCUAUGCAUAUUUGCAUGGGCUUGGUGACGUCAUGCACAAAGUGGAUUCGGGUAGAAAUGUAUGUGCUACGUCUCCUUUUAAUCAUACCAUUUCAUCUUUGUAAUACUUUUUCCUUGGAAGAACCCAAAGUGAGACAUGUUGAGUUACCAGCUUUUAAAAUCCAACUUCCUGGGGGCUUCCCUGGCGCAGUGGUUGAGAAUCUGCCUGCCAAUGCAGGGGACACGGGUUCGAGCCCUGGUCUGGGAAGAUCCCACAUGCCGCAGAGCAACUAGGCCCAUGAGCCACAACUACUGAGCCUGCGCGUCUGGAGCCUGUGCUCCACAAGAGAGGCCGCGACAGUGAGAGGCCCACACACCGCGAUGAAGAGUGGCCCCCGCUCGCCGCAACUAGAGAAAGCCCUCACACAGAAAUGAAGACCCAACACAGCCAUAAAUAAAUAAAUAGAUAGAUAAAUAAAUAAUCCACCUUCCUGAUGAGGUAGGUUAAACGAUGUUUAUUAAACACUUAACGUGAGGUUGGCAUCACACAGAAACCCCAGACUUUGAGAGGCUGGGCUGGGCUCUCCCAACUAGGCCAAUGGGUUUUACGUUUUUCUCACUUGAAAACUUGUAGUGCAUAAGCCUCCAGGGUGAGCCAGCCAGUAGAAGUGAGGGGUUCCAACCUUAAAGGGGACCUUAGUUGUCAAAGAUACGUGAAGAGAAGAAGAUUUUACUGGAUUCCCUCUUGCGAAUCUUCUUGCUGAGGAUGUACUGAGGCAGUGCACCUCAAAGUGUGGUCCACAGACCAGCAACAUCCUCAUCACCUGGGGACUUAUUAGAGAUGCAGAUUCUCAGGCUCCAUUCCAGACCUGCUGAAUCAGAAACUCUGAGGGGGUGGGGCAGCAGCGAUCUGGAUUUUCACAGCCCUCCCGUUGAUGGUGACGCAUGUUCAAGUCUGAGGAUCCACUUGGGGCUUGCAGGGGUUGCCCAAAGGCCUGCUGAUUAAGCGAUCCUGUGUGCUGCGGGGCUCAGUGUGGUGCUGGGUGGGCUGUGCCCACUGUGAGCCCCUCUUCCCUCAUAACCAGCGGCCUCCCCAGCCAAUGAAUGCUGAGAAAACAAGGAAAGUAUUUGUUAGAAGGAGAGCCAAACUGUUAGUCUGUCCAGCAAUCUUUCUCCACAUCUUAUCUGGCCAGCUGGUUUCUGGAAGAACCAUCCCAAAAGGAGAUGAGACAGAGUGAAGCCAGGGUCCUCCCAGUGGGAGCGGUGGCCAGUGAGUGAUUAGAGCCUGGCGCGGCCACGCACAUGAACGUCCUGGCCUUUGGUUUCCAUCUGUGGACCUCAACACCCAUGUGGCUUUUUCUUGUAUCUUUUAAAUACAUAUCUGCCUGAGAAUCACCUAACAAAGGAUAAAGGAUUCACAGUGAAACAAGCCACUGACGAGUCUACUCUCCCAAACCAAAGACUUCAUUCCCCCACCCCGCUUUCUCAAGAAAAAAUCGUUAAUGACUUGAGCCUCGUGAUUAACCCUAGCAAAACUGAGUGAGUCCCAGGGAUCCCUCAUCUGCGCACACGGGAGCUGAUGACGCCGAUCCAAGGAAUUAUGAAAAGCGUUGCAGAAUAGGGUUUGCAAAAACCUUCGGGGGGAAGACAACGUGCUCUGACAUGGACAUAAAGGAUGCCCUGAAUUUCUGCAGCUGAGGUCAUGGGGUGAUGGGGCCUUGGGCCCUGGCCUUGGUCUUUGGUUCAAAUCCCUGCUCAGCUACUUCCUUCCUGUGUGACCUUAGGCAGUAAUUUACCUAAGCCUCAAUUUUCUCGUCUGUAAAAUCAGGGAGAUAAUCUAAAUCACAAAAUUGCUGUGAGGAUUCAAAGAGAGAAAUGAAUGUAAAUGUUAGGAUGGUGUCUGGCACAUUGUAUGGCUUUAGGGAAUGUUAGCUCUGUUGAAGCUGUACUUUCAGACCAUGUACACAACUGUUCAUGAUGCGUGAGAUCAGUGUAUUGGUUUGCAACAGAAUUUUUUUAAAGAAAUAAAAAAUAAUGCAUUACACCUUGUAAAAUA